AUGGAACCUAACAAACCGGCUCUCAAAAUUGUUCGAAUAAGCUCUCGUGAGCAACUGGAAGAGCUUGUCGACUUUAUUUGCGAUGCCUUUAUGGAAGACGACCUGUUCUGCGCCAUGGUCCCUGGCCGCCAUGAACAUCCCGAAGCGGCUCGAAGCAUGUGGCGCAUGACCCUCGUCGAAGAGUACGGUAGGAAGGGCUCUGUCAUCCUAGCUGCUCUUCGACAAGGGGAGAAUGGCGAGGAGGGUGAGUUUGUUGCCUGUGCAGUUUGGUGUCGUUAUGGAAAGAGUGAUCUCGCUCGGAGUUGGCAGGGAGAUAACUGGAAUAAACGGAUUGCCAGGAUUGAAACUGCGUGGACGAUGUUCUAUCGUUUCUUCCUCCGACAAGCAGGUCCCGGAAUCGCACUAGACGCCUGCAUCGCAGCAGGAGAAGCUGCCGAACAAGCCUACAAGUUCUACCCUUCUGAGCGCUGGCGUCUCGGCCUCCUAGCCACCUCGCCAAAAUGCCAGAGAACCGGCAUUGGAAAGCGCCUUGUACAGUGGGGCCUUGACCGCUGCGAGGAGGAGGGAGUUCCAGCGACGCUCGAGUCAAGUCUGUCAGGAAGGCCACUCUACGAAAAGAUGGGCUUUCGAGAGGUAGGCACUGUGAGCUUCUACGAAGGAAAGUGGUCCAUGCCUGCGAUGCUCAGACCUGUCGAGGAGACUAAGAAGACGGUUUAGGAGGCAGCUUUGUCAGAUUCAAAGGCCGAAGGCAUCGUUUGAGGCAACUGGGGCUCAGCGGUUGCGGGCAAGGACGUAUGCUCGAGAUGUAUGAUAGAUGGCGUGGCGUUUCAUUCUUGAUUAGUCGCAAGCUUUUGUUUUACUUGCUACACUAUUAAAUUCGUGACGGUGAAAACUAGGGGUUGGAACGACGCCUUGGAGAUGACGAGCAUCGGGCCUAGAAUGCUGGCAAAUUAGAAGGGC